CCAAAACGGCUUCACCUUCUACAAGACGACGUUUCCUGUCGCCGAUAUAGUCUAGAAUUUGACAUAAAUUCAAUGAUUUGUUCUCCAUUUGGUCCUCGCAGUAGUCGUCACCGACGGAAACUGAAUCGGCUCAGGCACUGAACAAACACAUGGUCGGUUCCUUACCUGUUUCGGCAGCCAUCUUGGCUCAAAAACAGCGUUCUCUGUCGGAUUUGGCACUUGCCAAACGUGAAGAAAAUUCCACGUGGCGAGAGACCCUUUGGCGAGACGCGAAACCACCGACCAGUGGUCGGUGGCCCAUCUAUGGCCAAAUCUUGUCUCUAAGUAGCGAUUUUACUGUAUAUUAUUGGAUCAUUUAUAAAACAGUUAAUGAGAAAUUUGAUAAUAUUUUAUUAAAUUAAAAGAAAUAAAGAUAGCCAUGACUCGAGUUGGAAACCAUACAAAUAGCCCAGACCCACAAUCAGUUAAUUCGCGUCUUUUCGUAGGUAAUCUCAAUACUUAUUCAGUAACAAAAGAAGAACUGGGCAGAGUAUUUCAGAGAUAUGGUUCUGUUAUCGGAAUUUCUAUGCACAAAGGCUAUGCUUUCGUGCAAUUCACAGAUACCUGGGAUGCAAGAAAUGCUAUUAUGGGAGAAGAUGGAAGAACUUUAGCUGGACAAGUUUUAGAUGUCAACAUGGUAUCAGAACCCAAACCGCAUCAGAUUACAAGAAAGCGACAGGGAUCUGCCUCAAGCACGUGAGUAGAUACAUUUUAACAAUGAUUAAAUAUACCGUAUGUAUUUUAAUCUUGUCUAGUCAAAAUACUGUAUGAUUAGCCUAUUUAAUGAAAUUUUUGCAGUUUAUUAAAAAAAAUCUCGUUAUUUUUUCAUACUUUUGACAAACUGAC